AUGGCUUAUACACGUCAUUACGAAUCGACUACCAACGGUUUAAAUUUCGAUCGCUUUGUGGAUCGAUUUGAUGAGCCAGCAUUGGAUAAAAUGCGCCAGCAGUAUUGGACAGCUAAACAAUUAAUCAGGAAGAAACUGGGGAAAAAGGAAGAUGAGCAUUUAUUAGCUUCAGAUGCGGAAUUUGAUACAAAAAUAUCUCUCUUUCAGUUCGUUCAAGAAACAUCUGACCAACUGCUUUGCUGUGUCGAUGACUAUCAGCAUUAUCUAAGCGAAUUAGUGCAAGUGGAAUUUAAACUGAGUAAAAUGUUGAAAGAAAAUGGUGGUGCGGAAGCGACUGCUGCUGGCCGUAUUAUGAUAGCUGUUGCAAGAGUUUUGGCGCUUUCAGUUCAUCACAGAUUGCAAAUCCGGAAUCCUCUAUUACGAUUCUUUGGUGAGCUUCAUGUUUUCACGGAAAGAGCCAUCUUGGAUUGUUCGGAUACAGUGGAUGCUGCGGAAAAAGCUAGGACUGGAUACAGAGGAUCAUUAUUAUGGAUGAAGAAAACGAGUAAAGAGCUUGACCCAGACGCAGAAAAUAUUUUGGAAAAAUUUCGUACAGCGCAAAAUGUUGUUAGGCGAAAUAAAGAGAAACUGGAUAGUUUGAAAUUGGAUACUCUUCAGAAAGUUGAUUUAUUGGUCGCUAGUCGCUAUAAUUUAUUUUCGCAGCUGUUGGAAUCGUAUCAGAAAUUAUUAUACAAUUAUUAUGAACAAACAACGCUGGCAUAUGAGAAGAUUUAUGAUUUUGUGUCUAGUCGUAAACAUUACGAAUUUGAAGUACUAACGGAUCUGCUUGAACCUUUAAAAGAGUUUGCUUGUGAGAAUGACGACCAAAUUACAACUAUGGAAAGGGGACGCAAAAGCUUAAUUGAGCUCGAUCACUGUGAACAGGAAAUGGAGCAAGUGCUACAAGAUUUGGAGAAUUUAAACGGACACGAUUUAUUAAGCAAUAGAACAGAAAGUCCACUGGGCUUACCAAAAGGAAGUCAAAAUGGAGAUAUCAUUGAACCAACAAGUGAUACACCAAUGCAAACAUUAAUAUCAGUUAAAGCAGAACCAGGGAAUGUAAUAUCAAGCACUGCAUUCCCAUCCAUAGCUCCUCCACCAGGAUGGAAGUUAAAUAGAAAUAUGGAUCGCUGUUCAACCGAUCUGAUGGAUUUACUGUCUUUGGAUGAUGAUGCUUCUGGAGUAAACUCAUUCGCAUCUGACUGGUCAAAGCUAACGACAAGCACAACUGCACCUGUUUCAGUAAAUUCCUCAUCUUCCGUUCCGCCAUCUUCGUCAUUGUUAGCUCUACCGUCGCAGCUGCUGCAGUUUCCUUCAAUGGAAAGCGAUUUCCCAAAUCCGUUCGCAGAUUCAACAGAUCAGAAUUUCGAUGUUUGGAAAGGAUUUUUGAAAGAACUUGAAACAGCUGAAGUCAAUAGUAGUGAAGUGUUUAAAAAUUGUUGA